AUGGUCUCUACACAUAAUAAAGAUAAGCCAUGGGAUAAACCCGAUAUUGACAAGUGGAAGAUCGAGGAGUUUAACGCAGAAGACAAUGCUACUGGCCUGCCAUUCUCGGAAGAGUCAAGUUUCAUGACUUUAUUUCCCAAGUACAGAGAAGCUUACCUGAAGUCGGUGUGGAACGACGUUACGAGGUCGUUGGAAAAACACAGCAUAGCAUGUGUCUUGGACCUUGUGGAAGGUUCGAUGACCGUGAAGACGACAAGGAAGACGUACGAUCCCGCCAUGAUACUGAAAGCGAGGGACCUUAUAAAAUUGCUCGCGCGUUCCGUGCCUUUUCCUCAAGCAGUCAAAAUACUACAGGACGACAUGGCUUGCGAUGUGAUCAAGAUUGGAAACUUCGUCAGCAACAAGGAACGGUUCGUGAAGAGAAGACAGCGUCUGGUUGGGCCCAACGGUAACACGCUUAAGGCAUUGGAGCUGCUUACGAAAUGCUACAUCUUGGUGCAAGGUAAUACAGUCAGUGCCAUGGGUCCUUUCAAGGGUCUUAAAGAAGUGCGUCGCGUAGUUGAAGACUGCAUGAAAAACGUGCAUCCUAUCUAUCACAUCAAAGAGCUUAUGAUUAAGAGAGAGCUCUCGAAAAGACCCGACUUGGCCGAGGAAGAUUGGUCGCGGUUCUUACCAAUGUUUAAAAAGAGAAAUGUGGCUCGUAAAAAGCCUAAGAGCAUCAAACAUAAGGAAAACAAGGUUUACACCCCAUUCCCACCAGUACAAUUGCCUAGAAAGGUCGACCUUCAAAUUGAGAGUGGUGAAUAUUUCCUCAGUAAGAAAGAGAAAGAGGCCAAGAAACUUGAUGAACGUAAGAAGGAGCAGUCUGAAAAACAAGUUGAAAAGGAUAAGCAGAGGGCGAAGAAUUAUGUUGCUCCUGAAGAAAACGAAUAUCGUGGCUCCUCAAAAAAGAGAGAUAGGGAUAUUACUGAAUCCUCAGGUCGUUCCAAAAAGCCAAGGAAAUAA